AUGUACCACCUCGACGACGACAACCGCUACAUCAUGGUCAUGGGCGUCGGCCCGGAGGGCAGCGACGGCAACUACACGUCGUUCGCGCCCUUCCAGAUCCCCAUCGAGUACGACUACGACGUCCUCGACCUCAAGCACAUCAUCCAGGCCCAGCUCGGCUUCGACCCCGACGACAUCAACCUCCGCUGCGCGGGCGACUUCCGCCCCGACGAGUCGAAGAUGGGGCCCAUCUUCGGCCGCUGGUUCAAGGAGGGCUGGCACAUGCAGGCCUCCGUCUACCCCAAGGGCUGGAAGUCGGCCCUCGAGAAGUGGCGCGAGGAGAACUCCAAGUAG